AUGGCGGAGCUUUGGGAGCGCGUGGCGCGCCUGGAGAAGGUCUUAGAGCAGCACAUUGCGGAGUGUGACGUCUUCCGGGACUUCUGGGGCGAGGAUGAGCAGUCCGAUCACCCGGAGAGGGGUGCAGCUUCCCCGGUGGUCACUGAGGCAUGCAUCAAGGAGAUGCCAGACACCAGCAGCCCCGGGUGUUGCGCCGUGCCGGGGACCGCGGCGGAGGCGGCCGCGGGCGAUGAUUCCACGGAGGCGUUGCGGCGCCGCUUGGAGAGGCUGGAACAACUCAUCACCGAGCACGUGCAGUCCUGCUCUCUCUGGAACAACGCAAGGGGGGACGCGGCCCAACCUCCCAAGGAGGCGGCUGCAGACGGCGACUUGAACAAGAUACGACUCUCCGAAGUGUACAAGGACAAUGAGGAGCCGGAUGCGGAUAGCGACUUGAACAAAAUACGACUCUCGGGGGCGCCCAAGUCGUCGCGCGAGGAGCUCGACGCCUUCGGGCCAGUUCUCCCGGCGGCGGUGGGCGCCAGCAUGGAGGACUUGGGCCCCCAGGCCGCGCGUCAAACCCCGGACGCUCCAGGCAUGAUGACGAGCGGCCUCGCGGAGCUCUCCGCCACCUUCAGGCACCUCUUCACACACAAGAGGACGGGGAGUGCCGGCAGCGCCAGCCCUGCGAGCAUCACGCACGUGGACCACGCGUUGCAGGAGUCUUCCUGGGAUGCGCUGCUGCUCCUAGGCUUGCCAGACAUUGGCACUAUGGGCUCCAUGAUGGUGGCCUUCGGCGUCGUCUCGGCUGCCGGUCUGCAGCUGCUGUUCUGCUGGCUGGUGUCCAGCAACCUUCUAUCCGACGACGACAAGUAUGACUUGACCUACUUGAGGGAGUGGCGGAUCUACUACGGCCACAGCGUUCAUUCCUUUGACCAUACCUCCGGCUCCUCACUGGUGAGCAAGGUUUGCAACGGACGGCCUUUUGAACGUGAGUGGUGGAACAACGCUCUUCUCAGCGAGGUGGACGCUUACCUUCAGCCCGUCAUCCCCGGCAUCAAGUACCUUCCGAUCGGCGUGGUGUUGACGAGCAUGGCCAUCCUCAUCUGGUUCUGCUUUAUUCUGCUCGAGCUAGACACCGUCUUUGGCUUCAUGAACGCCAUUCUGCGAGUCCCGCGCACCGGCGCCACCCAGGUGGAGUUCACCGAGUUCGGCCGGAGAGCCUUUAUCAGCAUCAGCUACAAGCGGUUGAUCGCACUCUGCUUCAUGUCCUUCAUCCGCGCCUUCAUCGCGGUGACGCUGGGCGCCUCUGCGGGCUUGUGGCUGGCGAGGACGCGGGACGUGAAUGACAUCCUCAGGGAUGGGGUUUCGCUCAUCUUCAUCCUUGAGAUAGAUGACUUGAUAUACAAGGUACUGGUGCCUUCGCAUGCAAAGAAGUACAUGGCCUCCAUCCAGAAGUUCUUGGUGAAAGAAGAGCAGCAGAUGUACCUCUUCAACCUCGCAAGCCUGCUGAAGCUCUUCGUGCUCUGCGCAGAGCAGGCGGAGAAUGUUCGUGACAUGAUCUGCGGCGGGAAUCGAGACUUCUACGACCUGAAGAACGCGGAGAACAUGUUGCCAGGCAGUGCCAGUUUGGUGGAGGAUGUCCCCUAA